AUGCAGGCCAAGACGUUUAUCCACCAGCUGCACGCCAUCCUCCAGCGUCCGGAGCUGGAGCGCUGGAUCCGGUGGAACAACGAGCCCGCUCACGCCAAGGGCUCCGAUCUGCCCGGCGUGUUCGCUCUGCGGCCCCAUGACCCGGGGUUCGUCUCCCACGUUCUGCGACGGUACUUCAAGCACGGUAACGUUUCAAGCUUCGUUCGCCAGCUCCACAUGUACGGCUUCCACAAGCUGGCGCAGACCAACAACAGCAGUAACGGUGCCACUGGUACGUCCGGCGGCUCAACCGGCAGCGAAGCGGGCCUGCAGGACCGCUUCUCGGUGACGUGGAACUUUGUCCAUCCCUCGGGCUCUUUUUGUCGUGACACUCCGCUCGAGGAGCUCAGUCGCAUCCAGCGCAAGAGUGGCGGGAUCGGUAAAAACGGAAAACGCAAAAACGUUCUUUCCCCGGUCUGCAUCAACUACAUCGACAGCGGGUCCACCAAUGUCAUCAGCCGCGCGAACGUGCGCCAUUCCUCUGAACUCCCGGCCACCUCGGCUCUCUCGGCGAGAGCCUCUGUCGCUUCGACAUCCACCAGGCCGGCCUCUGUAGUUUCAGCUAUGCCCGAUUCUCAGCAACAGUCCCCUCUACCCAGUCUUAAACCGUUGACAACAGCCGUGAGUGACGAACUCCAGAACUCUCCCCCGUCUCCUCACGAAAUGUCCCGCAACAGCUCUUACGUGUCGCUGGAGUCUUUGCCCCAAAUGCAUUUCUCUACAUUGCCGGGUACUGCGCCCGUGCCCCCGACAGCUCCUUCCCAACUCAGCAUUCAACAUUUCCAAAACAAUCUUCAGCUGAUGCAACGCAGCAUUCUCACGAUUUUGGACGUCUUGCAUCAAUUCCCACCUCAAUCGCCCGCUGAUCAUGAAAACGUUGUAUCCACGUUGCAGUCAUUGCGCAGCGAACUCAUUUCUACUGACGCACGGUGGGUCCAAUUGAGAAACCCGGUCUUCUCCAAUCAGUCAAGCGUCAGCAGUACCGGCUCCUCGCUUUCACAUCCUUUUGGUUCAGUAGGCUGGAGAUUUCCCAGCCUAUCGUCCCAAAAGAAUUCCAUAUUCAGCAAUCCACGUUUCAGUAACGUUAGUAACGCCAGAAGCUCUGCAACUUCUUUUGGCAGUCAAGAAAACGUGGAGUCAGGGAACCCUAAGAAAUGA